AUGGCAAGUCAACUUCACUCAGCCUCCAAACCCUCGAGAUCAUCGACGAAGCGACGCCGGUCAUCGCCACCAUCAACCCCGGAAGACGCGCCUGAAGUCACAACACGUCUCAAUCCUGCCCGUAGCACGCGCCGAAGAGUCAACUACACAUAUCCCGAUCAGCUCGCUGGUUCCGAGUCCGACAGCGAUCGCGACUCUGCGGCCCCGCCUACACCGUCUCCAGCACCGCGACGUAUCUUCAGCGCCAACUUCACCAAGAACGUUGAUAAAUUCAGACGGAUCGUCGCCACAGAAUCGGAGGAAGAGGAAGAUGAGCGGAUCGAGCGCAGCAUGGGCGUAAUCAGAAAAAACGCUGCCUCGAGGGGCUCUGAUGGUGGAACAAAAUAUCACUGCGAUGUCUGCUCGAUCGAUAUUACCUCAACAGUGCGCAUUUCCUGCGGCGACCCUGCAUGUCGGGAGUAUGACCUCUGCGUACCAUGCUUCGGCGAAGGCAAGAAGAGCAAGAAUCACGACCCCCAGACACAUGCAUUUCAUGUAGUCGAACAGAACUCGAUCCCUAUCUACAAGGAGGACUGGGGCGCCGAUGAGGAGCUGCUACUACUCGAAGGCUCGGAGAGAUAUGGUCUUGGUUCAUGGGCUGAUGUUGCAGAACACAUUGGUGGCUAUCGCGAAAAGGACGAGGUUCGAGACCACUAUAUCGACACAUAUGUUGAUUCAAGUCUAUUUCCCCUGCCAGAUCUUGCGGACCCAGCAGAUACCGCCCUCUUCGACGAAAUUCCCAAAGAGACAUUUCAGGCUCGCAAGAAGCAACGCAUAGAAGAACGCACUGAGGCCGCCAAGACCGCUCCACCAGCAACCCCAAAGCAGAAACCCACCGCUUCGGUCCCUGCCUGUCACGAAGUCCAAGGCUUCAUGCCUGGUCGCCUCGAGUUCGAGACUGAAUUCGCCAACGAUGCCGAAGAAGCAGUCCAACACAUGUCCUUCGAGCCCGGCGACGGCAUAGAUCCAGUCACCGGCCAAAUGGACGAAGAGACACACCUCAAGAUGACCGUCUUCGACAUCUACAACUCUCGACUCAUGUCUCGCACAGAGCGUAAGCGCAUCAUCUUCGAGCACAACCUUCUCGACUACAAGAAGAACCAACUCCUCGAAAAGAAGCGAACCAAGGAAGAAAAGGACAUCCUCCACAAGGCCAAACCCUUCGCCCGCAUGAUGAACCGUAAAGAUUUCGAAACCUUCAACAACGACCUCCUCCUCGAGCACAACCUCCGAGUCGCCAUCGCCCAGCUCCAAGAGUGGAAGCAAAUGGGUGUCAAAGACCUCAAAGAAGGCGAAAAGUAUGAGCACGACAAACUCGUCCGUGCCCAAAAGAAUCAACCACAAGGCCAAUUCGACCGCAUGCCACAGAUCCCUAAGAAGGGCCAACAGCAGCAGCAACCCGAUGGUCCUACCGAAGCCUCCAAGUUCACUACCCCAACCCUUCCAGAACGCUUCCAGAAGAAGCCUCGUACCGUCCCUGUCUUCGCCGACAGCAAGCCCGUUGUCGAGAAUGACUUCGACAAGAUGUUUGCAGAAACUACCGGCACCGAUACUCCAUCUCAGAAACCCAAAAUCCGCUACGUGGUCCAGCCGCUUAACGGCGUCACCCCAUGGAAGCUUGAAGAAGACAAGUCCGUCGCUCCUGACCUGCAGUUGCUUAGCGAAGAAGAGAUCCAGUUGUGCAAUGCUGUUCACGUUCGUCCGAAGCCGUAUAUCGCGCUCAAGGAGGGCCUGUUGCGGGAAGCUCUGAAGCAGGGCGGCUCGUUGAAGCGCAAGGAGGCCAAGGCUGUGUGCAAGAUCGAGAGUCAGAAGGCGAGCAAGAUCUAUGACUUUAUGAUCCACAGUGGAUGGAUUACGAAGGGUUGA